UGAAAUCUUAUAAGCAACUACAAGAACUAGCAAAGCGAGAACCAGCAGUACAAGAACUGGCAGUACAAGAAUCGGCAGUACAAAAAUUGGCAGUACAAGAACCAGCAGUACAAGAACUAGCAGAGUGA